GCCGCAUACUACCACGAGGCGACGUACGAGGUCAACUGAUACGUUAUAUGAGUCUCGCCACCUCUACAUAAGCCGCCACGCCUCAUCCCGUCUCCCAUUCUAUCCCAUCCCAUCCCAUCCCAUCCCAUCCCAUCCCCUCCUACGAUGACAGUCGCCACCCUCUCCUACGCCCCGCUGAAAGGCUGUGACUUUGGCCGCGUCGUCUCCGGCUUCGACCCGGCACAGCAGACGCCAGAGGUCAUGGCCGAGAUCCAGGACGCGCUGUACAAGCACGACGUCCUCGUUUUCCCAUCUACCAAGCUCACGCCGGCGCAGCAGGCGGCCAUGACGAAGUCGUUCGACCCCGCCGCGCAGUCGUACGGCCACGGCAACAAUAAGACGGGCAAGGAGACCAAGAGCAUCCUCCACCCCGACCUCAAGACCAUCCCGCACCAGCCAGAGGUGCAGCUCAUCGGGCACGGCCAGGUGCCGGGCGAGUACGAGGGGUUGGACCGGCCCAAACUCAAGCACCCGCACCACGCAACCUUCCACGCCACCAAGGUGUCGGACGAGGACGAGGCGAAGGGCACCACUCGCUUCUACCGCUGGCACAUCGAUGCGGCGCUGUACAAGCUCUCCCCACCCAAAGUGACGACGCUGUACGCCGUCAAGGUGCCGAAGGGUCCCCCCCAGACGCUGCGGUACGACGAUGGCUCGGGCGACGAGAUCAAGGUCGCGCCUGGCGCGACCGCCUUUGUCUCUGGCACGGCAAUGUUCGAGCAGCUCCCGCCGGCGCUACAGAGCUUCGCGGUACGCACGAAAGUCAAGUACGCGCCGCACCCAUACGUGUGGAUGAGCGGUGCGCGUGCGCGCCCCACCGGUCUUGGUCUUGAGACCGAGGGCCGCGAGAUGCCCCUCGACCAGCUGCCCGAGUGGAAGGAUGAGGACGUCAAGACGCUGCCGAUGCUGUGGAAGAACCCCGUGACGGGCCGCCUCGCGCUGCAAGUGCACCCGUGCGCUGCGAUGGAGCUGCACGUCGCGCCGAAGGCCGGCGCAGAGCUCUUCCCCGACGGCGCGGCGAUCACGGACCUUGCGGAGGUCCGCGCAUGGCUCGAAAAGGUGCAGCGGCCAGGCAUCGCGCCGGACAAGGUCUACGCCGUCGACUGGUCCGAGGGCGACCUUGUGCUCUUCCACAACCGCGGCCUGUUGCACUCGGUGACGGGCGCGUUUGGGGACAACGACCUCCGCAUGUUCCACCAGUGCAACCUCGCCGCGAGCUCGGACCCGGUGGGGCCGGACGCGGACGACGUCGCCAAGUAUGCGUAGUAGUGAGAGGUCAGAAGAUAGCCCGCAGGAGCAGUGGAGCAGUUGUACAGCAGCAGGAUAGGAUGCACAGAUCGUGGUUUCG